AUGGAAUUUGAGAACUUUGCUGACAUCGAAGAGAAGCGCUCUGACGUAUUCGAGGUCCGUUUAGAAGAAGCCUUAAAAUUCAAAAACCUUGGCAAUGAUUUUUACAAGAGCAAUGACUUAUUUAACGCUGAAUAUUUCUAUCACGUUGGACUAUUUCACAUAGAUUUUGACCAAUUACAGUGAAAUUUUGAGCUAAUUGAUAAGCACAGAGAAGCAGUCCUUGAAAUAAAAAAUCCAAUUUGUCUUAACUUGGCAAUGGUUCGUAUAAAACUCGAAAAUUACCGAAAAGCCAUUGACCUCUGUAAUGAAGUUUUAAAAGAAGACAAAGAAAAUGUUAAAGCGCUCUAUCGGAAAGCUUUAGCUUAUAAAGGUUUACGCUUAUUUGAAGAAGCUUUUGAAUAUGCAUCUAGGGCUUUUAAAGCAAACCCAAGCGACACAAGCAUUAGAAGCCUAAGAAAAGAAAUCAGAGAACUAUUAAAAAGAGAUAGGGCAAGAUCUGACAAAUUUUGGAAAGGUAAACUUCUCCCCAAAACCAAAAAGUUUUCACUUUUCAGAGCUUUAAGUAUACGCAACCCUUUAAAUCUUCAUUUUAGGGUAUUUCCUUUAUUAUUUUAA